UCAUGGUUUCCACACCCGUCUUCCCCCUCCCUCUCUGGUCAGAGUGGGCGGAGUCUAUGGGAUGAUCUGGACAGUCAGGUGUUGAAGCUCCAGUUGCAGAGGGGCGACCCGGUCCGCCUGACCUCCGUUACUGCUGUCACUCUCCUUCCAGAGGAAGUCUCUCCUCCUCCUCCUCCUUCUUCUGGCUUUUGCGUUCUUCUUUUGGAUCCCUAAAUGCUCCAACGCUCAUCCCUCGCUUUCAACACAGUGAGCGAUCAAAAACGCCCACAUUUGGCAGGAAGUUGCUUGUAGACUGAUCUUGCUGGAGCUCCACUCCUUCACCUCCUCUUCGUUCACAUUUCCAUAACUGGCCUCUGAUCCGUCAACUUAACUCAGCAACUGGUCAGUUCAGAGACAAUCCAACAGGCCAACAUGACGGACAAACAGAGCGUGCCAGCAGGUGGUGGCAGAGAGGACGAGUCCGGCAUCAUGGUGCUGCUGGAGCGCGUAUCCGGCCUCAUGGACAACAUCCAGACGACACAGCAGCGCAUGGAGGAACGUCAGCUGGAGCUGGAGAACACAGUGAAGACCAUCCAGUCCGACGUCAACAAGCUGACCAGCGACCACGCCGCUACCAGCUCCACUGUGGACCGGCUGCUGGAGAAGACGCGGAAGGUCAGCCGUCACAUCAAGGAUGUCAGGGUUCGUGUGGAGAACCAGAACAUCAGGGUGAAGAAGGUGGAGCUCACCCAGGCUGAUCUCCUGGCCAAGAACAAGUUCAGGGUGGUCAUCUACCAGGGUGACCAGGAGGUGAAAGCCAUCACACCUGGAAAUGAGCCCACAGAUUCUGGCAGCCUCGGUGCCAGAGCCGAGGUGGAACCAGACAAGUUCGAGCUCCCUGCGGAGUCGGAUGAGGAGUACAUGGUGGUGGAGGAGGCUGACUCCUCAGCGGCGACUCGUGUGAAGAAAACUGGUCUAACACGCAUCGAGAGCAUCAAAGCCACCUUCUCCAAGGAGAACAUGAGCAAGACCCGUGAGAACCUCGGCACCAAAGUCAACAAGUUUGGCGAGCGCAUCGUUACAGCUGAGCGGCGCGAGAAGAUCCGCCAGUCUGGUGAAAGGUUGAAGCAGUCUGGUGAGAGGUUGAAGGAGACCAUCACCAAGAGUGUCCCGGCCAAACUCAACCUGAAGAAGGAGAGGACAGUGGCAGAGGGCCAGGAGGGCGCCGCAGAGGGAGCUGUGCCAGUACCCCCUCCAAAAGGCCGCAAGAGCAACCCGGACGUGGCCAAGGAGGCCACCGAUGAGGGCAAGGCCGAGGAAUCGGAGGUGCCGAUGUAUGACAUGAAGCAGCUGUCGUAACGCCUGAGACAGACGCGACGUCCAGACCGUUUCCGUUGGAUUUCUGAGACCAUGAAGACAGAGUGAUACAGUGCGAGAGGGAUUUCUGAUCUGGCUGGAAGAACACAGAGAUGAAGGCCUGAAGGGGGAAGUGAGCAGAACGCCGAACAGAUUCCUGAAAAUCUGCAAGAUUCUUUUCACAAGGUCUGGACAUUUUGCACCAACUUCUUU